AGUACAUCAAACUUAAUUCAAAGUUUUUAGUAGUAAUCACGAUAUGAUAAUCAAAGUGGGUAAAACUUUUACAGAUUACGUCUAAGUAAAAUUGCUAGAGAUAAUUAAAAUUGUUAUUUAAUAUAAUUAAAAAAAGAUUUAGUAAUGUGGCACAAAUUAUAGUUGACUAUGUUAUUGAACUGGCCUAUUACUGAUGGGGAGACAACCGACGAAUAGUGAUCAUCAGCCACUUAAGUGAAGACACAAUUACAGUCCGAGUAGAAAAUUAUAAGUAAAUACAUAGCAGGUUGUUCGAUAUUUAUUUAAAACAUUUUGAUAAAACUAUUGUCCGAUAAGGUAUUCGAAAAUCGUGUUUAAAAUGUUUUACUCAGUCAUCAAUGUUUUGUUAGGGAAGAUAAUGGAGAAAUUGAUACAAAAUUGCAACUAAACAUAAUAAAUUAUCUACAAAUUUUAAUUAUUCAUUCAAAUCUUUCUAUCACGAGUUCGAGGUCAAGGGCCAUCUUAAACAGACAGUUCGUUCAAGAUAACAAGUAGUCGCUAACAAAGAAUUAUUCACGUAGCAUCGACCGCUUAUUACAAAAGUUUAAUUGAAAAUUUUCAGUAACGAAAAAACAAAAAAUGUUCGGUUUAAAUAAUUCGUAUUCAUUUUUCUAUACGCUGUUUACGUGGUCCCUGGGUAUUUGUUACGGAUUCGUUUUGAUAUCUUCGGCUGCGGGAAACUUCGACGAAUUCAACUUUUUCGAAAAAGGCGUUUCUCUAAAAUACAAUUUAAAAACAAAUGUUCUGCUCAACGAUAAAGGAUUAAAAGGAAAAAACGUGGGAUUCACUAUCAAUGGAGAAGUGAGCGUCGGCACUAUUUGGGAAAAUGGAAAUCAGAAAUUAUUGAAAAUCGAGUUAAAGCCUCUGAAAUUGCAUAUGCUGUCUGAUAAAAUCACUUCCGAUUCUGAUUUUUCAAAUUUGGAUAACGCCGAUAACAAACCGUUUUUAGUUAUAUGGAAUAAAGGCAAAAUCGAUAAAAUCUUCAUAUCGAAAAGUGAAUCGAUAUCGAUGAAGAACGUUAAGAAAGGAAUCGCCAGUUUACUACAGUUCCAACUUGUUGAUGUCGACUCAAAGGAAACCGAUUCUUCGGGCACGUGCGUCAUAAACUACUCGUCGUUAUCACCACACAAAUUUUCUAAAUUGAAGACGCACUGUAUAUCUGACGAUUUCGAUUAUAUCGACAAUCUAAAUAAGAUUUUAGGCGUCGAAAUCGAAUCGAACAGUAGCGUCGAAUAUGUUUUCAAUGAAGGACCUUUUAGACUCGCUUCCGUUGUAUCCAAAGACGUGCACGUUUCUUAUUUAACGUCUAGAGAAGAAAUGGGAAAUCGAGUCGAAACAGAACAAAUUCUAACUUACAUCACUAGUGAAAACAUCGAUUCAGUAAAUGGAGAUUAUAUAGAAGACGCCGUGGAAAAGAUAAGCAAAACCACCGGAAUAACAUUUAACCAAGAAAAUUUACUUACCGAAAUAGAACCCGUUAAAACCAACGAAAUCGUUACAUUUAACAAAGUCGUGGGGAAUUUGAGAAAUAAUUUGAAAAUAGAACAUAUCGGUAGCAUAAAGCAAGCUAAGGCCAUAAUUGAAUUGGUAAAUUCCGCUAGAAAUGCGAAAAAAGAAGAUAUAAGUAAAGUACUGACGUCUAAGAAGAAUAAAAAUAUUCUACAUCAAUUAUACGACAUUUUGGGAUACGUUCAAACGUCGGAUUCCCACGAAACCGUUAUGAAAAAUUUGCAUUUCGAUAAAGAGGAUCAAAUCGAUUUAAGCGAGAGAUACCUUUGGGCGCUUUCUUUUUCUUCGCAUCCGAAUCCCGACGUCCUCGAAGAUGUUUUAAAAAAAUUCACUAAAACCGUCAGUAUACCCGAGAAAGUUAAAGAAACUAUGAUUUUAACGAUGGCGUCGAUGGCUUAUAAGGUAUCGCAGAGACCUCAUAGCGAAUAUAAAUUUAACUUAAUCAGAGACGUAGAAGAAACUAUCAUUAACAAUUUGGAUUAUGCUAAAAACGAAGAUAAACACAAAUAUUUUAGAGCCCUAAAAAAUCUCAAAUCACCUACAACUACCCCAAUUUUGUUAGAAUAUAUUAAAAAAGGAACUCAAAAAGAAGGAGUAUUAGCAUGGAAAGCGAUCAAAGCUUUUGGUUCGACUCUAUGGGAUAAGGAAGUUUUGAUGGCAGCCAAACAAGCUUUCUUCCAGCUAAAUAAAAGGUACGAUACAAGCUCGAGAACUAUAGCUGUUGAUAUACUUUUAGAAUCCCAGCCUAGCGAUGAACUUUUAGUUGAUAUACUCAAUUUCCUCAUAUCAAAAGAUCCAGCUUACGAAAUCAAACAAUACGUUUAUCAAAGGAUCAAGAUGCUAACUGAAUCUGACGACGAUUUCAAAUAUAGAGUAGAGAAAAUUAUAAAAAAUUCAGUGCAGAUAAAUAAUUAUUCUGGACUUGCUCCUAGAGGUUUAUCAACUGCUUUAACUAGGACAUUUUACAAGCAUCCUUCGAGUAAUGGUAGUUUGGUGAGUGUGCAAGAGAUGAAAUCUGGUAUAGCGAAAAGGGGGUCCAUAGAUGUAGUUUUCCAGAAAGGUGAUAUCAGAAAGGAGAUUUUUAGUUUGGGUAUAUUUUCGGGUGGUCUUCACACUUUCCUUUCUAGUGGCAACGAGGAAGAAGAAACUGAAGAAGAAAACCCGACAGCUGGUAUAGAAUUAACCGUUAUGGACACACAAAUUCGUCCUUUCGUUUUCUUUAGCGGUCAAGGCGAACUUAUGGGACACGUGUGGUCAGGGACGGCUUCAGAAAAAACACCGGCGUUUCAAAUUUUGGCUCUGCUGCAAGAUCAUUUCGAAUACAUCCGUCUAAGUCCUGGUUUUAUAAUGAACGUCAAUUUCAAAGGAGCCGCAUCAUUCGAUUUAUCAGGAAAAAUCGAAAUUUCAAUAUGGAGUAGAACUGCCGAAUCAUUAGUACAAAAAACUGGUGGAAUUGUUGUGGUGGGGGUAAAUACAAUCGAUUCGUCGUUUAUCAAAACCCAGGUGGAGUUUGGAAGUUUGAUCGAAACCAAAUUGGACCUACAAACCGAUAUAGACUUCUCCUCCAACGCGCAGCUCUGUAUGAGACUCACGCAGCCCGAUUCAGUAUUUAGGCAUAAUAUAUACAAAAUGGCGAGAGUACCUGGCAAUAAGCACCAAAUGAGGAUAUCGAAGUACCAAAAAUACAACAUACCGGGGUUAACCUAUAAUAUAAACAAGAAGAAUAACGAUAUGUGUAAAUCGAUUUUUAGUUGACGUUGGAUUCCGUGAUUUUGUUUUUCUAAAGACGUUUGUUUAAAUUGAUUUAUGUGAGCUGUGUUGUUUAAAGACUAACUUUUAUGAUCUGAAAUGAAAUGUAAAUAAAUGUAUUUAAUAUAAAUGUUAUUUCUUAAAA